AAAUUUAGCUCUCCCGAUUACAACGUGAUAUAACGAACGCCUCCAGUACUUCUGGUAGCUUCUUCUUCCUACAGUCCUAAAUCGCAUCGAGAACACUGGACCACUCCAGAGAUUACAUACUCAAACUGAUCUCAUACUUCCUCUGUUCCAAGAUCUCUACUUCAAUCUUCAACAAUGGCGACCGUGAUGCAGAAGAUCAAGGAUAUCGAAGAUGAGAUGGCAAGGACUCAAAAGAAUAAAGCAACUGCCCAUCACUUGGGCUUGCUCAAGGCUAAACUUGCGAAGUUAAGGAGAGAUCUCCUCACACCUUCAACGAAAGGAGCCGGUGGUGCUGGUGAAGGAUUUGAUGUUACUAAAAGUGGAGAUGCAAGAGUUGGUCUGGUGGGUUUUCCAUCAGUUGGGAAAUCUACUCUAUUGAAUAAAUUAACAGGGACCUUUUCAGAGGUUGCUUCCUAUGAAUUCACUACCUUAACUUGCAUCCCUGGUGUGAUCGGGUACCGGGGUGCUAAAAUUCAGCUUUUGGAUCUUCCAGGAAUUAUUGAGGGUGCAAAGGAUGGGAAGGGUAGAGGAAGGCAGGUAAUAAGCACUGCUAGGACUUGCAAUUGUAUUUUAAUUGUUCUUGAUGCAAUAAAGCCAAUAACUCAUAAACGUCUAAUAGAGAAAGAGCUCGAGGGAUUUGGCAUAAGGUUGAACAAAGAACCACCUAAUCUGACGUUCAGAAAGAAAGACAAGGGUGGAAUCAAUUUUACCUCAACAGUUACCAACACACAUCUGGACCUUGAUACAGUGAAGGCAAUUUGUAGUGAAUACAGGAUUCACAACGCUGAUAUCACUCUUCGAUUUGAUGCAACCGCUGAUGAUCUCAUAGACGUAAUUGAGGGUAGUAGGAUAUAUAUGCCUUGCAUCUAUGUUGUGAACAAGAUUGAUCAGAUUACCCUUGAAGAGUUGGAAAUUUUGGAUAAACUUCCACACUAUUGUCCAAUCAGUGCUCACUUGGAGUGGAACCUCGAUGGUUUGCUUGAUAAAGUAUGGGAAUACCUUAAUUUAACUCGUAUUUACACAAAACCUAAAGGGAUGAAUCCAGAUUACGAAGACCCUGUAAUUCUAUCAUCCAAGAGGAGAACAGUUGAGGAUUUCUGUGAGCGAAUUCACAAGGACAUGCUUAAACAAUUUAAAUAUGCUCUGGUUUGGGGGUCUAGUGCGAAACACAAGCCCCAGAGAGUUGGCAAGGAGCACGAGCUGGAAGAUGAAGAUGUUGUCCAGAUCAUCAAAAAGGUGUGAAAUUGGCAAAAUCAGAUGACCUGGAUGCUGUUUCACAUUUUUGCUCGGAAACCGGUUUUGAAGUGGUCCUAAGAAUGGUUAAGCUUUGGAAGUUUCACCUCUCACGCAAUAGCACACAGCACUAUUCUCGUUUUUGUUUUUUGCUUUUCGUUCUAGUUGUAGUACAAUAUGGUGACUUGCUUGAUAUGUAAAUUUAUUAGUUUUAUGGUCAAGCAAUCUUGUGGAGAGUGUAACCUUUGGACUGACUGUAUUUGAUGAUGUAUGACAACGUUAAAGAAGAUUGAAUGAACUA